CUCCUGAAGGAGUAUUUCAUUUUGAAACACAUGGAAGUAAAAUAAAAAGCCUUGCACCUGUGCUUUGUUUUGAUCCCAUGAACUUGUUGCCCAGGAUCCCUUUUAAAUACACAGGGCUCCUACCACUAACCCAACUGAGGGCAAAAGACUUCCCUAGAGAUGAGAUACUUGUAGAUAAAAAAGACCAUUAAGAAAAAGCGAUAUACUCUCCCAAAGGAUGCUAGGGGAACAGAUACACCCCUUGACUUGGCCAAUGUCUCAAAAUUGAGCUGUGCUGCCACACUGUGGUGAGAGAAAGUGAUCCCAUACCUGUUAUGAGUGAUCUGGAGUCUUGUGGCCACUCCUCUUAAAAGACCAAACCACAUUUAUUUACUUAUUACAUUUAUAUCCCUUUCCUGCGUGGAGCUCAAGGCAGUUCACAUGGUUAUCUUCUUCCCCAUCGGCAUCCAUCACAACCAAUCCUGGGAGGCAGGUUGGGCUGAGAGACUCUGACUGGUCCAAGGUCCACCAGUGAGUUUCAUGGUGGAGCAGGGAUUUGAACCCUGGCCUCCGGGGUCCAAAUCCUCAUUUCAUGGUGCAUAUUUGGGCGCGCACCCCUCUGCAGGGUGCAGGGAGCUGGGUGGGUCGGUGUGCCAUACUACGCCAUAGCUGUCAACCUUCCCUUUUUUUGCGGGGAAUUCCCUUAUUCCAGCGCCGUUUCCCGCUGCUAUCCCGGAUUGUUAGGUAUCCCGUAGACUGUCCCCGGGACAGGCGAGGCUGCUGAUCCCUUAUUUUCAAAUCUGAAAGUUGACAGCUAUUUACUACGCGCGGCGAGUGAGGAACCUGGGUCCCCAUUUUCACACAGCUCUGAAGCAAUCGGGAUGAUCUUGGCCAGCAGCACCAGUAUCUCGGCAUAACCUACCCCGCAGGGUUGUUGUGUGUCGGGGAGCCUGAUCGCCUGGCCGAAAAACGGAGGUGGCGGAGAGGAAGCGGCCGUGCGCGUCGACUGCGAGGGGGGAAAAGGAGGCAGGGACUGAGGCGUCUCCCUCCGGCGGAGGAGGAGGAGCAGGAGCUGCAAGGGCGACGGAGCCGGCGAUGCGAGCCGGCCGGCUUCCUUGAACCCCGAGCCGGGCGAGCGAUGGCCCUGCUGGGCCGCCUGGUGCGGCGAUCGCCCUGGCUGUGCAACGUGGCGCUCUACGGAAGCCUCUUCGCGGCGGGCGACGCGGCGCAGCAGCGGCUCCGGCGUCGGCCGGGCCAAAGCGCGGACUGGGCGCAGACGCGGCACGUGGCGCUGGUGGCGCUCUCCUUCCACGGCAACUUCAACUACGUGUGGCUGAGGGCGCUGGAGAGGCUGCUGCCCGGCCGGGCGCCCGGCGCCGUGCUGGCCAAAGUGCUGUGCGACCAGCUCAUGGGCGCGCCCAUCGCCGUGCUCGCCUUCUAUACCGGCAUGAGUAUACUCCAGGGGAAAGAGGAUGUCUUUGCCGACUGCAGGGAUAAAUUUUGGAAUACCUAUAAGACUGGGCUGAUGUACUGGCCUUUUGUGCAGCUUUCCAACUUCAGCCUGGUUCCGGUGCAUUGGAGGACGGCGUACACUGGCCUGUGUGGUUUUAUCUGGGCAACUUUCCUGUGCUUUUCCCAACAAAGCGGUGACGGAACUGCAAAAUCAGUUUUCUUGUUGUUCCGAGGCAAAAAACCUGACGUGGACGAGAUGCCGCCAGAGAAAUAAAUAUAUUGCUGGUGCAAAGCAUCCCUCACCUGUCAGGGAGGCAGCGAGCUGCGUUGGCAGAUGCCAGGUAGAUUUUUUUAGGGGGUGAUGAGAAUGUACAUGAAGGUAGAACUAAAAGUGAACAAACUUGAGCAUUUACGAAAUGGUACCUUAUUGCUGUGGGAAUGCACUCAGCUAACUUUUAGGGUUGUAUCCAAUUAUUGGGCAUGACUAACUUAGGCCCCUUAAUUUUAAUGCUUCUCCUCUGAGUGGGCUUUAAUUGACUGCCACCCAUCCAUUCUGCUAGUGCUAUUUUUCUAGAAAAAGAGGUGCUGGAGCUCAACCUCCCUUGUUCUCUUAGAAUGGCAAUGGCGCCCACCUGAGAGGUGCUGGAACUGAGUUCCAGAGAGUUCCGGCUGAUAAAAAGCCCUGCAUUCUGCAGAGAUACAGUAACUUUACUUCUCUUUUAUUUCAGUCGUGGACUUGAGGGUUCAGUGUGUGCCUGUAGAAUUCGGGAACAUAAAAUAUGUGAACUACCAAUCUAUGGUUUAGAGCAGGAUUGAGGAAGUUCUGUCUGGCUCUCGGGACUUUUCCUGUACUGCCCUCUCCACCCCAGUCGCACUCUCUUCCCCCAAAACGAUACCCUUCACUCCUUGAGUGCUUUUGCUUUGCUGGGAUGUGUUAUUGAACUCUGAUCAUGCCUCUUGUUUGACUGGAUGAAGGCUGUGUGCGUAUAAGCUAUCCUGUUGCACAAAGGUCAGACUUAACAUUUGUUGCCAUACCCACAUUUGGUUCUGGCCCUGCCCACCAGCAUGUGCCCCUAAAAGGUUAUACAGAAGGGAGUACGGCCCCCAAGCUGAAGAAAGUUUCCCCACACCUGGUCUGGAGGGAUACAGUCCAUUGCAUUGCCUGAUUUGGGUCUUUUUGUGCUUCAUGUGUAAUAAAUCCAGUCUGAUGCACGGUUGCAUCCUGCACAGCUGUAAUUCAGCCUGUCAUAAUAAUAAUAAUAUUUUAUUUAUACCCCACCCAUCUGACUGGGUUUCCCCAGCCACUCUGGGCAGCUUCCUACAAUAGACUAAAA